AUGGGGACCCUAGCUUCAUAUGCUACGCUACGCUUCUGUGGACCUAUCCAGCCAGCGCGGCCCCGAGGAAGACUAUGGACCUACAACACCGACUGCUAUAACCACUACAACCGCAGUUCCCUCCAUGGACACCACAUACACUACCACCACAACUGCCAUGCCUGCCACCACUACCUCUACACCUGCCACCACUACCACCACACCUGCCAUCACUACCUAACACCUGCACCACUCCCAAACCAAAAAACCUGCCCACCACAACCCCCACCUGCCACCACUACCUCUAAAACCUGCCCCACUACCACCACACCUCCCCACCCAACUCCCUCUAAAACCUGCCACCACUACCACCAACAGCCCCCCACUACCUCAAAACACCUGCCACCCACAAACCCCCAAACCCCCUACCACCACACCUGCCCACCACUCCCAAACCAAAACCUACCACCACACCUACCACCACUCCCUUUCUACACCUCCCAACCACUCCCCUCUACCCUGCCACCACUACCUCCACACCUCCACCACUCCCACAACACCUGCCCCCACUACCCCCAAAACCCUACCACCACACCUCCCCACCACACCCCCCAAACCUACCACCACCCCUGCCACCACUCCCACCACCCCUCCACCACACCUACCACCAAAUACCUCAAAACCCCGCCAAAAACUACCCUACACCUCCCCACCACUACCCCAAAACCCUCCCACCAUACCCCCCAAAACCUGCCACCACUACCACCACACCUGCCCCACUACCUCCCUGCCACCACAAACCACCACCCCUGCCCCCAAAUCCCCACCACACCUGCCCCACAAAAUCUACACCUGCCCCCUACACCCACACCUGCCACCACACCACCACCCUGCCACCCCCUACCACCACCCCUGCCACCACUACCUCUAAAACCUGCCCCCCACUACCUUUUCCACCGCCACCACACCUGCCCCACAAAACCUCUACACCUGCCACCAAAAACCUGCCCCACAAACCCCCUCUACACCUCCAAACCACAAACCUCUCCCCCUGCCACCAUUUACCUCUAA